AGAAUUUAGCGGUUUAGGAGGUUAGGGGGUGGGGCAGCUCGUCCGACAGGAUGCCACUCCGAGUAUCUGCAUAUUUCUGUUAACGUAGCAAGCAUGAAGUUCCUAACUCGCUGGUAAGUUUCUUUUCUAUUGGAGAUCACGAGGAUAUAUUACGGGGUGGAACGGAGCGCUCUAGUUGGUGCAUGGAUCUCUGGUUUUGGCUGGUGUUCAUUAUGAUCGUGGCGCCGACCGUUCCAGCUGCAGGGACUGUGGGUGUUAACUAUGGCCGCUUAGCCUCAAAGCUUCCUUCGCCUGGGGAGGUUGUCGAGCUUGUUCGAUCUCUCGGGGUGACAAAAGUUAGGAUCUACGACACUGAUGCGACCGUUUUGCAGGCCUUCGCCAACACAAGCAUCGAACUGACAGUCUCGGUUCCUAACAACGAUAUACCGGCUCUUGCUACAAACAUCAGCACGGCCCAGAACUGGGUGAAUAGCUCCAUAUUAUUGUUUUAUCCGCAGACGAAGAUCACAACUAUCUUGGUUGGCUACGAGGUGUUAACGGCUGGACAGCAUAUUACGCCAUAUCUCCUUACUGCUAUGGAGAACAUACAUUCGGCUCUUGCUACUCUAAAAAUCGACUCACAGGUGAAGGUCUCUACUACUCACUCGCUAAACAUUCUCAACAUGACUUCUCCGCCGUCGCUAUGCUCCUUCGACCAUGAAGCAAUCGUCAGACCUUUGUUACAGUUUCUAUCGAAAACGGGUGCUCCCUUUAUGGUUAACAUUUACACUUUCUCGACGUUUCAGCAGGACAAGGGUCGGAACUUUCCCGAGUCAUUUGCGUUGCUGAAACCCACUGGCUUCGUGGUCGUCGAUCCCAUUUCCAGGCUACGGUACGAGAAUUUGUUCUUGGCUCAGCUGGACGCGGUUUACUCGGCAAUUGGUAAUUUCGGUUUCAGUGACAUACAGGUGGCUGUCUCCGAGACUGGGUGGCCGUUCACUGGAAAAAGUGGAGCAAGCGUUCGCAAGUCAAGGUCUUACAAUCAAAACGUUGCAAGGCUUUGUCUCUCGGGUGCGGGGACCCCUCUGGUCCGUGACAGACCGAUCGAAGUGUUUAUCUACUCGCUGUUCAACGAGGAUUUGCAGCCGUCAUCACUGGGUACUUUCGGGCUUUUCUUCACCAACAAGUCGAGGGUGUUUGACUUCGAUACUCGCACCUUGCAGCCCUCGAAGUAAGUUCUAUGAUCAAAUUUCUUUUUUAGGCGUCUUCUCUGUUGAAUGAAGACUCGAGGCUUUUAUUGUCAGCUGAAAAACGUCAUAGUGACUUCGAGAAUGCUAAAUUGUCUCGGUUGGUUUGCUUCA